AAUCUGGGGCAAAGCAAAGCCGACGGGAGAAAGGAAGGAAAGACGAGAGCUCGGGAGCUGCCAAGCGCUUUGCAAAGAGUCUGGCGGGCUUGGCUGAGCAGCGGGAGGAGCGAAAGGGCCGAAGGAGAGCCGGCGCUUCCAACGGAGGCAGAGAAGAGCCGUCCCUCGCCCGGGAGGCUGGGCAGGCGCCGCAUGGGCAUCCGCUGAGGGCGCGGGCUGUGCAAGGGGAGCGUCCCGGGACCUUCCUCGGAUCCGGCCAUGGCUCUGGCCGGGCAGCCGCUGCUGGUGCGGGGCUGGCGCUGGCUCUUCCUGGCCGCCCUGGUGCUCCCCUGCGAGGGCCGAGCGGCGCAGCGGGAGGACGGGGGCGCCGCCUGCUACGGGGGCUUCGACCUCUACUUCAUCCUGGACAAAUCAGGAAGUGUCCUACACCACUGGAGUGAAAUCUAUUACUUUGUGGAACAUCUGGCUCACAAAUUUAUAAGCCCCCAGUUGAGAAUGUCCUUCAUUGUCUUCUCCAAUCAAGGCUCAACCCUCAUGGACCUGACAGAAGACAGGGAAAAAAUCCGUCAAGGCUUAGAUGAGCUUCAAAAGGUCUUGCCAGGCGGCGACACCUACAUGCACGAAGGAUUUGAAAGGGCCAGUGAACAAAUUUACCACGAAAACAUUCAAGGUUAUAGGACCGCCAGUGUCAUUAUCGCCUUGACGGAUGGAGAGCUCCAUGAGGACCUUUUCUUCUAUUCUGAACAAGAGGCCAACCGAUCCCGUGAGCUGGGAGCAACGGUAUACUGUGUCGGGGUAAAGGACUUCAAUGAAACUCAGUUGGCUCGAAUUGCUGACAGCAAGGAUCAUGUCUUCCCGGUGAAUGAUGGCUUUGAAGCUCUCCAAGGGAUCAUAGACUCUAUUCUGAAGAAAUCUUGCAUUGAAAUCCUUGCUGCAAAACCUUCCAGCAUUUGUGCAGGCGAGUCCUUCCAAGUUGUGGUGACAGGAAAUGGCUUCCGACACGCACGGAAUGUGGAUCGAGUCCUCUGUAGCUUCAGAAUCAAUGAGACAGUCACGCUCAAUGAGAAACCCUUUGUGGUGGAGGACACCUACUUACUCUGCCCGGCACCUGUCUUACAAGAAGCUGGCAUGGAAGCUGCUCUCCAAGUGAGCAUGAACGAUGGUCUCAGCUUCAUCUCGAGCUCCGUUAUCAUCUCCAGCACACACUGCUCUGACGGGACCAUCCUGGCAAUCAUCUUGCUGAUCCUCUUCAUUCUCUUGGCUCUGGCUCUUCUCUGGUGGUUCUGGCCACUUUGCUGUACUGUGAUUAUUAAAGAGCCCCCACCACCCCCGAUGGAAGACAGCGAGGAGGAAGACGAUGAUGGACUUCCCAAGAAGAAGUGGCCCACGGUGGAUGCUUCCUAUUAUGGUGGGCGUGGAGUUGGGGGCAUUAAGCGGAUGGAGGUCCGGUGGGGAGAAAAGGGAUCGACCGAAGAAGGGGCGAAGCUGGAGAAGGCCAAGAACGCCCGCGUCAAGAUGCCAGAGCAAGAGUACGAAUUCCCAGAGCCAAGGAGUCUCGGAAGCGGCAUACGCAGGUCCUCCUCGCCCCAUAAGUGGUAUUCUCCUAUCAAGGGAAAGCUAGAUGCCCUCUGGGUUCUCCUGAGGAAAGGCUACGACCGGGUGUCCGUCAUGCGACCACAGCCAGGAGACAAGGGACGCUGCAUUAACUUCACUCGAGUGAAGACCUCCCAGGCACCCCCCAAGUACCCGCUCAACAACACCUACCGCCCUCCAUCCCCACCUCCUGCCCCUGCUUACAACCCUCCACCCCUUGCCCCCAUCUACACCCCACCGUCCCCAAGCUCACCCACGCCCCCCACCCCUUCCCCACCUUCCACACUGCUUCCGCCCCCGCCUCAUGUCCCUCCCCCCAAUCGGGCUCCUCCCCCUUCCCGCCCCCCUCCCCGCCCUUCCAUCUAAAGGCCCAGCCCCUCCCUUCCCCAGAAGCACUUCUCCAGCCGUUUUCCACGGUACUCUUCCAAUUCCAUGAACAGAAGUGGCCUUUGCGUUCUGGGCAACAAAAAGAAGAAACUGGUUUUAUUGUUACUCUUUUUAAAAAACAAAAACAAAAAAAACCCUGAUGCCUCAACUGGACCAGAAAUCUCAAACCACCUGUUUUCAGUUCUAAAAGAAUCUUUGCAAAUCAUAAGAAGGAAGAAGGAAGGAAGGAAGGAAGGAAGGAAGGAAGGAAGGAAGGAAGGAAGGAAGGAAGGCUGCGUGAUAAAGAUGGGAAAGAAUGGCAUCUCUGGGCAAAGCCAGUAGUCCCUGGAAAAUGGAUUUCCCCAUAAAUUACUGGUGGGAUUCUUCUUGGGGUCACAGAAUCCACCUCAGCACAACAAAAGGCGAUUCCUACCAACUGGGCCGAUGCUGCUGGAAUCUCCUACCAGGGGGAUGAUAUCUUUCAUGGGCCUGAACUUGUGUUGUGUUGCUGCAAGAAAUACAGGAUACGGCUACGGAUGGAGAGCAGAAGGACAGCGGGGCCUUCCAACUUUGCAAAAUCGAAAAGAAAACCAUGUAGCUCUUCAGCUAAGGACAGGCAAUCGAAGAAGUUGGAGAGCCAGACUAGGAUGGGAAGAAGUCCAAUCAUCCUGGGCCAAUUUUCUCAACACCUGAAAGCAUCAAGGAGUUGAUUUUAUAGGAAAAACCACAAAGCCGC